GAGAAGUAUAGACCUUUAUUCAGAACUAUUUGUGAAAUUUUAGAAGAAUUACCCAAAAAUUAUGAUUAUUCCGUCGACUUAUAAUACCGAUAGUGAGAAAUCGCUUAUUGAUUUGAAAGCUAAAGUUAAUAACGGCAAAAAGACAAAUAUAAAUUGGAACAACGUGGGAAAAGUUGUUAAUAGUGAAGAUAUGAAUAGAGAAACUGAUAGUAACGAAGGGUCAGAUUCGGAUAGCGAAGAUACAAGCACAAGUGAUGAUGAUAAAAGUAGUGAAGAAAUAGUUGCUAGUGAGGAGUCGGAUGUUAGCGAAGAUUCUGAUAACGAAGAUGCAAACACAAAUGAUAAUAAUAAUAGUAGUGAAGGGACAGACAUGAGUGAAGAAUCGGAAAGCGAGGAGGUGAAUGUAAGCAGAAUCGUAAACAAAAAAAUUAUUAACAAAGGAACAGACUCGAGUGAAGAUGUUCAAGAUGACGAAUCAGGUUCAAGCGAAGAUUCCGAUAGUGACGGUUCGGAUUCUAGUGAAGAUGGCGAUAAUGAUUUAAAUUUGGAUAAUUUAAAUUUGGAUAAUAGUUCAGAAAUGGACGUAAAUAUAAGAAAUUCAUCUAAUGCUAAUAUUGAAGCUAGUAUUGAUAUAAACAUCGAAACAGAUAGUAGUGACACAGAUAAUGAUAUAAACUUUGAUACAGAAAUGAAUUCAUCAGAAUUAGAUGAUAAUGUUGGAACGGUUCCCGAGUUGAAUUAUAGAGAUGAUGAUAUAGGAUUAAAUCCAGAACAAUUAGAAUUACUAGAAAAAUCAGAAAAAAUUCGAGAAUUUUUAAAGGAUGAUUAUUUAAGAGAAAUAAUUCUUCAGAUUGAUCAUGCUGCAAGAAAUAAUAAUCGUAAUAUUGAAGAGAUGUUGAAUAAUGGAAGAAAGAAUGAUGAAAUGUUUCAUAAUUUUACUGAAGAAAUAUUAAGUAUCAUGUAUGGAAAUCAAAUAGAUUUUUAAAAAUAUAGACUUUAAAUAAAAUAUAUUCCUUUAAGUUUUAAUAAAUACAUCAAAAAUUCAUACAUUAAGAAAUCAAAGUUUACUUUUUACAUUUUCAUCAUUAACUUUGACCAACAUUUUACCAGUAUUAUAACCAUUAAAUAAUUUCAAUAAACCAUUUGGAGCAUUUUCUAAUCCAUCAAUAAUAUAUUCUUUUCUUUUGAUUUUUCCUUCUUGUAACCAUUUUGCCAUAUCUUUAAUUGCUAUAGGGAAUUUUUGAGCGUAA